AGGCAGAAACGAAGCUUGACGUGGUCACGUGUCGUAACAAUUUACAAACGAUUUUUCACUAUUGCAUAUAUAAGUAUAUAAAUAUACCAAACGAAACAAUUUAAGAAUGUAAAAUAGUAGUGUCGACGCUUCAAAUGUAGUUAAGUUUUUCGGCCGACAUAAAGUGCAUUGUAUAAAACACAACAGUGAAUUUUGAGUUGUUGUCUAAAAAAAAGUCACAUAUAUGAACGUUUUUAUGUGAAUGUAUGUAGUACGCAGUAAACAAGGCUGCAUUAUUUUGUGAAAUUUUUACCUCCUAUGAAAAGUCGCAAAAUGCGCAAGGCUUAUGUGUCCAGUUUGUGCUUGUGUUCAAAUUAAUACAUUUACAGUGCAGGCAGAAACGCAUAUGUACAUGGACUACAUACUUAUUGGAUUAUAGCAGCUAAAAAACUGGCUUCCGGAGCGCUUCCAAUGCAAAAAUCUUCCUACAAUUGUGCCAAAUUGACGGAUCUGUAGAUGACGUCACCGUUACUAGAGUUUCUUGUCAUCUAAACUAGCAAGAGCAAAAGAAUAAAUAUUUUGUGAUUGAGUUUUGAAUUUUUCUCUAAGCUGUCAAUUUACUUCGCCAAAUAGGUAUUUAAAAGUGUUGUUCUACGUCGUGCCUGAAAAAAAUAAUAUAAAAUUUGAUCGCUUAACAUAAAACGUAUUCGUGUUCGUGUUCGUGUUGCUCCCCCCUGCCGUUUUGUUGUGAAUGUUGCCAAUGUGAUUUUUUUAAACUAUCGCAGCUUAAGAGAGCUGCUGUUGAACCAGGCCUACUAAAUCCAUCAACAAAUCCUUCCAUACCUUCUAUUCUAUACAAAAACAUACAUCGUAGCUGAUAAUUAUGAGCCUUAAUCAACAUAGUGGACCUGGCCCCCCAGAGAUCAGUAGCAGCUACAGUGAUAAGUCGUGCGAUCAAGUGGACUCGUCGCCAAUCUUGUGGCAGGAAAGCACAUCGGGCAUGUGUACGUCUUAUAGAGUUGUCGGUCCGCAGGUUUGUCAGAAGGAAAUGGCAAAUAGUGAUGUACCGCCGGCUGAUUCGUCAUCUACAGUAUUCAAUGACAGUGAUAACAGUAACGGUAUCGGUAAAAGCUUCAGUACUGGCAAUGGCUCUAGCUGCUACGGUCUUCCACCGGCAUCGGUAAUGCGUACAAUGUCCUCUGAUCGACUUGUGACAGGCUCUUCAUGUCGCGCACUGCGUACUGCGGUCUCAGCAUUAUAUUCUGUGGAUGAUUUUGUCAAAGAAAAAAUUGGUUCCGGUUUUUUCUCAGAAGUUUACAGGGUCACCCAUCGCACUACUGGAGAGGUGAUGGUGCUAAAAAUGAAUCAAUUGCGCGCCAAUCGGCCUAACAUGUUGCGGGAAGUCCAGUUGCUCAAUAAAUUGUCUCAUGCUAACAUAUUAAGCUUUAUGGGAGUUUGUGUGCACGAAGGACAACUACAUGCGUUGACCGAGUACAUUAAUGGGGGUUCAUUGGAGCAACUGCUGGCUAACCAAGAGGCAUUUCUUAGCGCUGCCCAGAAAGUAAGACUGGCACUGGGCAUAGCCCGCGGAAUGACUUAUCUUCACGACGCUGGCAUUUUUCAUAGAGAUUUGACAAGCAAGAACGUGCUUGUACGUCAUCUUGCAGAUGGACAAUAUGAAGCUGUUGUCGGUGAUUUUGGAUUGGCUGCUAAAAUACCAGUAAAGUCCGGUAAAUCGCGUUUAGAAACGGUUGGUUCACCGUACUGGGUUAGUCCUGAGUGUUUAAAAGGUCAAUGGUACGAUCAGACGAGUGAUGUUUUUUCUUUCGGAAUUAUUCAGUGCGAGAUUAUCGCACGCAUCGAAGCUGACCCAGACUUGAUGCCACGCACUGCUUCAUUUGGUCUUGACUAUCUGGCGUUCGUUGAGCUCUGUCCAAUGGAUACCCCACCUGAUUUUUUAAGGCUGGCAUUUUACUGUUGUCUAUACGAUCCCAAAAGUCGACCUACUUUCCGUGAUACAACUAAAAAGCUGACGCUGCUUUUAGAAAAGUGCGAGCACGAGUCAAGGUGCGCGAGUCCACUGAGCUCGCUGGAAUUAAUAAAUUGUUCUUUGAACGGUAGUGAUAUAGAAAAUGGGAUAAGUUUAGGCACUGCCCCAACUGUUGCUAAUAUUUAUACAGCACCAGCCGGUGUGCUGACACCGCGCGUCCAACGAGACGUUGAUGAAGAUGGUUUUCGUUUCCCCAGUACCGGUAUUAGUUGUAAGUCAGCUUCUGCGGCUUUACCAUGCACGCCUAAUUGGUUGGCGGGGAGCAGCGAAUAUGACGAACAUAUUUUAAAAUCACGCGUUCGUCGUGCUACACAAAAGCUAGAAGCGGAAAUUCUGUUACACCGCCGUUCACUCAGUGAGAAUAUAAUACACUUUCCGCUGCAUACAUCACCCAGUGAUAAAGCGCGUUGUCAUCAAAUGCAACGACAGCGAUCCUCUACGCAUUCGCCGACGCCACCACGACAAUUAGGGGACUCUCAAACGGUUUCGGUCCUUUUACCAACUACGAACAUAUCGGAAACACUGCCACUUUUGCCACCAGUAACGGCAGUUCUAACGCUUCGCAAAGUGGGUGAAACAAUGUGCCUUAAGGAUCCGCAAUACAAACCAUCGUCAACGAAGGAUCACAACGGGGUGAAACCAAACCCUUUUACGGCGCUAGCACAACUUCGAGGUGUUAAGAAGAUAUUAGGCGCUAAUCCAAAGACAUACGCUGCGGGCGUGGGCGAUUUAUUUAGCUCGUGCUUUGAGAUGUCUGCUCCAUUUUUUAAGGAGCUAGUCGCAAUGCAGGGUAAAACCAUGACGCCUGGCACUGAAAUCGAAGUUAAACAUUGUGCUUCGAAAAAAUCAGCUACUUGUAGCGAACCAAAGAGCUUACCUGUCUCGCCACAACUGACGCGAAAGUACAGCGCUAUCGAACUGAAGUUGCCUCAACGGAGCAGCAAUUCGGCAGCUUCUGGAACGGCUGCAAUAGCUUCUCUUGUAACAUCAGCUCUUACUGAUAUUGACGAUUGUGAUUAUUGUAACUCAGAGGGCGAAGAUCUUGAUGGAGGAGGCAAUUGCGCUGAUGCUGAGUCUAGCAGUGAUGACAGCGCUAUACGUCCAUCUAUAAUGCCAGUCUCACGUAAAUAUCGCGCAAACUCACUGUACACACAUCCACUUUUUCGUGGAAGCAGCGGAACUAUUAUGAAGUACAGUAAAAGCGAGCUUGAAGUUACGGCAUUAUUAAAAACAAGCUCCUCUUCCAACACGUUGACCCCUGUUAAACUAAACACAGAAAUGACUUGUGAAAAAAAAAAGGAUGAGUACUGCAAAGAGCUUUCCAAAAGUAGCUUAUCGGAAAAAGACGUGGCAAUAAUAACCCCGACUCCUACUUGUUUCGUUCAGAAUGAAAAAUCACUCGCUGCAGUUUCUGCAGUCACUGACCGCGAACCGAAUGAGCAAAAAAAUUCCUGCGAGCCACUCCCCCCAAAAAGAAACCUGACCCGGCGUGAUUCCAUUGAAAGUGGUUUCUUUUCGUGCUUUAAUGAAGAAUCGGAUGCGGCUACAACCACCACUAGUUACAGCCGACAGUUAUGCGGCAUUGGAUCGCUAGUUGUCGGUUGCGCCGGUAGUGGCAACAAUAGCAACUGCUGCUAUGACCAGUUAAAACCACAGCUGAGGAUUGAAACUUUGGCAAAUCAUAAACUAAAUGAUAAACUGGCAAGUCUUUGUCGAUGCUGUUACUAUGCAACCCCUACUUCAACCACCGCAAUAGUGGCUGCUGCUGCAGUUACACAACAUCAUCACAGUGAUUCUCCCACAACCUCAUCAUCUCUUUUGCUUUUAGAUAACGAAAGUGCAGCAAUCGCCGGUAACACAUCCUCCUCAACAGCGUUGGAUUCUUUGGAUGAAUUGGAUCCUGAAAUUGUACCUCCGCCCACACACCAUCGGCGCUAUACUUGUCACCACUCAUUAGUAAGUGCCAAUGUUGCGGAUUCACAGAUGCCAGCGACAGCUGGCAUAAUCAAUCGAUUGGCUCUUGAUUCGGAGAUACACUCCCUAUUGCAACGCAGCCCGUUUUCCACGAAUCAAUUGCUUUACUGCAAGAACCGCACUUCGUCCAUCUACACGGACAGCUCUGAUGACAUCAGCUCAGAUUCGCUUCUUUGGGAUGAUCGUUCUUUUACCGCAUUGCCCAGUACGCGUUCUGCACAAAUAGCCAAAAUAGUAGAGUACUUUGAACGAAAGCGACAGGAUUCUUUGCCGGCUUCGGUGUAUACUCGUAAUGGUAAUGGUAGUGUUGCAGCUGCUGUAGCUGCUUCCGCGCUGGGCUCCAGUUAUCUGUCAUGCGAGUCGCAUCGAUAUUCAGAUUUCAAAAGACAUUUAAAUACCGAUUCAUUAUGCUUUGAAUUGGACAAGAAGCCGUCUCAACAGCGUAUUAUGGUGUGUGAAGGGGCAGUCAGGUCAAAGUUAUCCAUAUUCGACAAGAAAAAGCAGCAACAACAAUCAAUGGGCAGUGGACAAGGUGGCUAGCCAUAUUGAGUUAAACUUAACUUUAUAUUUAUUAAGCAAUUUUAAAAAAUGUUUGGCGGUUUUUUUUACUUUCGGUAUUGUAUCAGGAAAAUUUCUUUAACAUUUGAGAGCUUGAUCAGAAUACACCAGAUUGCACACGAAAUAUUUAGUUGUAUAGAUUUUGGUAUUCUCUGGUUUCCAAUUCAAUUAUCAUAUCUUUCACCGAUUAAACGUUAGCACUAAAAUACUAUUUUACAUAUAUUUUUAUAAUAGAAUAAACUUUAUGGAUAUUAAAAUUAAGUAUAAUAGGUCUUUCAAUUCAUAUGUUCCCAGAAGUAUGUAUAAAAUUAUUUUGAUUUCGGAACAUUUAUUUUAUAUUUUGUACUGGUUCCUAGUCCUUUUUAAUUUAUGCAAAUCUAGUAAAUUAUUAUAUAUUCAAUCAAAAAAAGUAUUUAUUUACAUUAUUUAAUUCUAUAGCUUUUAAACUUCCGAAAAAGGCAUAACUAUAAUAACUAUGUAUAUCUGCAUAUUUGUAUUUAUUAUACCUUCGACCCAGAAGAAUGGGCAAAUAGGUAUUAUAAAGAAAAUAAAGUAAACAUAUUUCAACAGAACCAUGCAUCAGUAACUAAACAUAAUCUCUAUUACCAUCAAUACCAAAACUGAUUUAGGUAUGAUCGUUAUUGUGCACUAUUUAAUCACCGAGAAUAACUUGGUGUGCGUAUUAAUGUAUACCGCUUGUAGCUGAUGCCAAUUAAAAAUAUAAAUUUUAUCUUCCUGCCAAAACAUUAAAAACUACAAUAUUAAGUACACGUUAAUAUUAAAAACGAUCAGAGAUUUAUGUAAGAAGAACAAUGUGUGUUUUUGUACAUAUGUUGUAAGUAUAUUUAUUUGUACAUUUUCAUAUAAAUUAACUGAUAUAUUCACAUAUGGAUACACAUAUAUAUAUAUUUAAACAAUAUAUUGAAUACAAUUGUAUAUAUUGCAGAGUGCAAUACAUGCUAGUUAAUAGUACUUUUAGAAUCUAAGCUUUGUCUACUAAUGUUGACCUUUCUAAGUUGAGCUGAAGAGACUUGAAGAUCCCAUUAAAAGUUGGUGGCUAUACAGUUUUAUUGACUUUAAAUAGAUGGGAUUGGUUGCAGUUGGUCAUGAAAUUAGCAACUAUAAAUUCAUGAACACAUACCUAAGACUGAGUCUAAAUUUCAUGUGGUAGAUUCCCGGACAGCCUGAGUACUUAUAAAACUGAAAUCAAGUCAUGCUGUCCACAUAUUUUAAGGCCUUGGUGUAAGAUGUAUAUAAGUUUAAUUUUAAAAAUGUAGAACUAAAAACUGCAAAUCGUCCAAGUACUUCAACCUCCAUUGCACAUGUUAAAUUGUUUUAUAAUUACUCUAUCUAUCCUGGAAAAUGUUUUAAUGAAUACCUAAAGUAUUAUAUUAAUAUUUUUUUAACAAUAAAAUUAUUAAUUCUUCAGGCACAUCGUUGAUUAAAUCCAAGCCUUAGAACCAUUCAACAUGUAUUGAUUUUGCAAAUUCUUAUUUAACAUUAACAAAUAAUAACACUAUUGUGAGCAGACUCUAAAGGGAACUAUCUAAUUCCGAGUUUAAUAAAAAAUAUAAAUAAUUUUUAACUGUAAA